GGCCUCUACCCUGAUCUACGGACUUGGGACGUUCUAGCCUCUACAAUCACGAUGCUGGCACCUGCGUCCCAGUCCCCGACACCCUCCUGUGGGCCCAGCCAUCCACCCCUCCUUCUCCUGUGGCAGCGGCAUCCUUGGAGCCUCCUCAGGUAGAUCCAGGGGUCCUCGGUGAGUGUUGUCAUGGUGAUUUAAGGAACCUCACCUAGAAGUCCCCAGCUUGCAGUUCCCAUCAACGGGAAGGCGUGGUCUCCAAGAUGAUCAUAAAGGAAUACCGGAUCCCUCUGCCAAUGACCGUGGAAGAGUACCGCAUCGCCCAGCUGUACAUGAUCCAGAAGAAGAGCCGCAACGAGACGUAUGGCGAAGGCAGCGGCGUGGAGAUCCUGGAGAACCGGCCGUACUCAGACGGCCCUGGCGGCUCCGGGCAGUACACACACAAGGUGUACCACGUGGGCAUGCACAUCCCUGGCUGGUUCCGCUCCAUCCUGCCCAAGGCGGCCCUGCGGGUGGUGGAAGAGUCCUGGAAUGCCUACCCAUACACCCGGACCAGGUUCACGUGCCCUUUUGUGGAGAAAUUUUCCAUUGACAUCGAAACCUUUUAUAAAGCCGAUGCUGGAGAAAACCCCGCCGUGUUCAGCUUGUCUCCUGCAGAAAAGAGCCAGCUGACGAUCGACUUCAUCGACAUUGUCAAGGACUCCAUCCCCCCCAGUGAGUAUAAGACAGAAGAGGACCCCAAGCUGUUCCACUCCACCAAGACCCAGCGGGGGCCCCUGUCUGACAACUGGAUCGAGGAGUACAAGAAGCACGUCUUCCCCAUCAUGUGCGCCUAUAAGCUCUGCAAGGUGGAGUUCCGCUACUGGGGCAUGCAGUCCAAGAUCGAGAGGUUCAUCCAUGACACCGGCCUGCGGAGGGUGAUGGUGCGGGCCCACAGGCAGGCCUGGUGCUGGCAGGACGAGUGGUACGGCCUGAGCAUGGAGAAGAUACGGGAGCUGGAGAAGGAGGCGCAGCUCAUGCUCUCCCGCAAGAUGGCCCAGUUCAGCGAGGAUGAGGACGAGACCAUGGAGCUCUCCAGAGAAGAAGCCGCCCAGGACCAGGCCUCCAGGGAGCCUGCCGAGCCCAGCAGCAACAAAAACGGGGAGCCUCUGGCAGGGCGGGGCCUGAAGAAGCAGUGGUCCACGUCCUCCAAGUCAUCGCGGUCAUCCAAGCGGGGAGCGAGUCCUUCUCGCCACAGCAUCUCAGAGUGGAGAAUGCAGAGUAUUGCCAGGGACUCAGACGAGAGCUCCGACGAUGAGUUCUUCGAUGCCCACGAGGACUUGUCUGACUCGGAGGACAUGUUCCCUAAGGACAUCAGUAAAUGGAACUCCAACGACCUCAUGGACAAAAUCGAAAGCCCAGCGCCCGAAGACGCACAGGAAGGUCUGUAUCGGCAGAACACCCCCGGGUUCAGGGUGGACUCCAGCGUGGAGCAGCUGAACAUCAUGGAGGAUGAGGUCAGCCAGCCUCUGGCCGCACCGCCCUCCAAGGUGCAUGUGCUGCUGCUGCUGCUGCACGGGGGCACCAUCCUGGACACAGGCGCCGGGGACCCCAGCUCCAAGCAGGGCGACGCCAACACCAUCGCCACCGUGUUUGACACUGUCAUGCGCGUGCACUACCCCACCGCCCUGGGCCGCCUUGCCAUCCGCCUGGUGCCCUGCCCGCCCGUCUGCUCUGACGCCUUUGCCCUUGUCUCCAACCUCAGCCCUUACAGCCACGAUGAAGGCUGUCUGUCCAGCAGCCAGGACCACAUCCCCUUGGCCGCACUGCCCCUGCUGGCCACCUCCUCGCCCCAGUACCAGGAGGCAGUUGCCACGGUGAUCCAGCGGGCCAACCUCGCCUACGGGGACUUCAUCAAGUCCCAGGAGGGCGUGACCUUCAGCGGGCAGGUCUGCCUGAUUGGGGACUGUGUCGGGGGCAUCCUGGCCUUUGACGCCUUGUGCCACAGCAGCCAGGCCGUGUCCGAGAGCCAGAGCAGCAGCCGCCGGGGCAGCGUGGCCAGCGUGCAGGACGCUGACCUGCUGUCCCCGGGAAUCCUGGUGAAUGCGGCACACUGCUCCAGCGGUGGCGGCACCGGAGGCUCCAGCCUGGAGAGCAGCCGGCAACUGAGCCGCAGCAGCAUUGACAUCCCCCGCAGCAACGGCGCCGAGGACGCCAAGAGGCAGCUACCCCGAAAGAGGAGCGAUUCGUCCACCUAUGAGAUGGACACUAUCCAACAGCACCAGGCCUUCCUGUCCAGCCUCCACGCCAGCGUGCUGAGGACCGAGCCUGGCACCCGCUGCUCGAGCAGCUCUACCAUGCUGGAAGCUGUGGGGGCCCUGGGCAAGUUCGACUUUGAGAUCGCCGACCUCUUCCUCUUUGGGUGCCCGCUGGGGCUGGUCCUGGCCUUGAGGAAGACCGUCAUCCCCACCCUGGACGUUUUCCAGCUGCGGCCCGCCUGCCAGCAAGUUUACAACCUGUUUCAUCCUGCGGACCCGUCGGCCUCCCGCCUGGAACCACUGCUGGAGCGCCGCUUCCACGCCCUGCCACCCUUCAGCAUCCCCCGCUACCAGCGCUACCCUCUGGGGGACGGCUGCUCCACACUGCUGGCGGAUGCUCUCCAGACCCACACCACCGUCUUCCAAGAGAUCGCUGCCCCCUCAUCGCCCGGCACGGCCCCCCCGAGCCGCGGCUUCCGCCGAGCCAGCGAAAUCAGCAUUGCCAGCCAGGUGUCGGGCAUGGCAGAGAGCUAUACGGCGUCCAGCAUCGCCCAGAAGGCCCCAGCGCCGCUCAGCCACACGCCAAGCGUCAGGCGCCUGUCCCUGCUCGCCCUACCCCCCCCAGCCCCCCGCACCCCCAGCCCCCGCCUUCGGGCCGGGCAGCCGAGCCCCAGCCCAGAGAGGGCCCCCUGCCUCCCAGACUUGGACAUCGGAGAAGUCGCAGCCAAGUGGUGGGGCCAGAAGCGCAUUGACUAUGCACUGUAUUGCCCGGACGCCCUGACAGCCUUCCCCACGGUGGCCCUGCCCCACCUCUUCCACGCCAGCUACUGGGAAUCCACUGACGUAGUCUCCUUCCUGCUGAGACAGGUCAUGCGGCACGACAGUUCCAGCGUCUUGGAGCUGGAUGGCAAGGAGGUGUCAGUGUUCACCCCCUCCAAGCCGAGGGAGAAGUGGCAGCGCAAGAGGACCCAUGUGAAGCUGCGGAAUGUGACAGCCAAUCACCGGAUCAAUGAUGCGGUGGCCAACGAGGACGGCCCACAGGUCCUGACCGGCCGGUUCAUGUAUGGGCCCCUGGACAUGGUCACCCUGACCGGGGAGAAGGUGGACGUGCACAUCAUGACACAGCCACCCUCAGGCGAGUGGCUCUACCUGGACACGUUGGUGACCAACAGCAGUGGGCGUGUCUCCUACACCCUCCCUGAGACCCACCGCCUGGGUGUGGGUGUCUAUCCCAUCAAGAUGGUGGUCAGGGGGGACCACACGUUUGCCGACAGCUACAUCACCGUGCUGCCCAAGGGCACGGAGUUCGUGGUGUUCAGCAUCGACGGCUCCUUUGCCGCCAGUGUAUCCAUCAUGGGCAGUGACCCCAAGGUGCGGGCCGGAGCUGUGGACGUGGUGCGGCACUGGCAGGACCUGGGCUACCUCAUCAUCUACGUGACGGGCCGGCCGGACAUGCAGAAGCAGCGUGUGGUGGCCUGGCUGGCCCAGCACAACUUCCCCCACGGCGUCGUGUCCUUCUGUGAUGGCCUGGUGCACGACCCGCUUCGGCACAAGGCCAACUUCCUGAAGCUGCUGAUUUCGGAGCUGCACCUGCGCGUGCACGCGGCCUACGGCUCCACCAAGGAUGUGGCGGUCUACAGCGCCAUCAGCCUGUCCCCCAUGCAGAUCUACAUAGUGGGGCGGCCCACUAAGAAGCUGCAACACCAGUGCCAGUUCAUCACGGACGGCUACGCGGCCCACCUGGCGCAGCUCAAGUACAACCACCGGGCGCGGCCGGCCCGCAACGCGGCCACGCGCAUGGCGCUACGCAAGGGUAGCUUCGGCCUGCCAGGCCAGGGCGACUUCCUGCGUUCUCGGAACCACCUGCUCCGCACCAUCUCGGCGCAGCCGGGCGGGGCCGGCCUCCGGCACGAGCGGACACAGAGCCAGGCUGAAGGCGAGCGUGAACAGCGCGGCCAGCGCAGCAUGAGCGUGGCUGCCGGCUGCUGGGGCCGCGCCGUGGCGUCCGCGAGCCGCGUGGUCUCCAUGGUGCUAGGGCCAGGCGCCGCCCAGCCAGGAGGCCCGCCCGGGUUACACGGCAGUCGCUGGGGAGGGCAGCCUGGGGGCUUGUCCCGGCCGGCGGGGACACUGCCCGCGCGCCACAGGCCUCCGCCGCCCUGCGUCAGGUCCUGGGAUAGGACGGGUCCCAGCUCGGCCACAGAGACACUCACCCUGCCUGCAUCGACCAUGGGCCACGUGGCAGUAGUGGCCGCAGGAUCCCGCCGUUCCCUGUUCCCUCGAGUUACUCAACUGGCCCACCUCACUGGUUUUGCACUGUCUUCGGAGCGCGGAGCCCGGGCGCCGCCCACGGCGCAGACGCAUGGUUGUGCAUGA